AUGGCGGCCGAUUGUGAUUAUUCCACACUGGCUGCUGAAGAGCAGGGGUUUCUGAAACAGGUUUUGUCAGUCUUUCCAAAUGACGGCGCAUCUAGGACAAUUAUCCGAGGAAUCUGUGCCGUUUUCAUUAGCAAGCUCCAAGACUCCGAAAAGGCCUACGAGUUGCGCGCGUCCGAUCUAAACAAUCAGAUAGAGUCCCUGAGGGCGCUCAUAGGAACAGAAGCUGGGAGAAGCAGUACAGAGUUAAGCAGCUUGCUGAUGCUACUUAUCCAGUUACGUCGGCUCGCACGCGAUCAUCUCUUGCAGGUCAAGGCAGAGAUAUCCGAAGCACUUGAACAGGCAAGGGCUGAUCUGAAAGGCUUAGAGAGCCAGCCGGUGGACAGCUCCUCUUUGGCAAUGCUGGGAGACGGCAUUCUUUGCAAAGCACCCAUUGCAAAUUGCAUGGCUAGGUCUGCUGCCUUUGAUGCUGUUACGGCAAUCACUGCAUAUGUCAGUCACUGCGUUGUACUGGCAUUUGCACUUCACAAAUUUUCUGUCGCCACCAAGGAACGAAGCCUUAAACUCCUUGCGCAGGACGACCAGGACUCUGCAACGCUUGUACUCAUAGAAAGACAAAACGUCCUCACCACCAUCAAGACGCUCGUUGAACAUUCUUCAGUACUGACCAAGGCAGCAGACUGGUUCGCGCGUGAAGCUGAGAAAGACUUGCUCCCUACUAUUUGUGCGAACGACCUCCGGGCACCACACACAGAGCGCACGGCUGCCGACAUUGAGGCUGAUUGUAAGAAAAGCAGGCGGAUUAAAGAUUGCUGCGAGAUCUUCGCCGCAUGUCUUGAUUCUGAUAGUACUGUUCAUGACACAGACAAAGAUGCGGACUGGUCGUUUACAAAGCUGUCUGCUCUUGCAGUCACAGAUAGCGGCUAUGAGGCACUCAUCAAGAAGGUCAGUGGACUGAGCGCCGAGCUUCGUGAGAAGAGGGCACUACUGAGCGAAAGCAUGCUCUCUGCCAAUGUUGAGGAGUCGACUACACUAACCUCUGAAAUUGCACGUCAGGAGGAGAAGAUCGCUAAUCUAGUUUCUUUUGGGCACGACUUGCAUGCAGAGCUCUACACGCUGCCCCACGGCCUGGAGAAGUUGGUAAAUAGACUAUCAGCCGGUUUACUAAUACUGCGAUCUGCGUUGCUCGGCUCACAAGACGAGGGCUUCCAGACAAAUGUAAUAUCAGAAAAGAUCGAAGAGUGUCCCGGCGCAUUCUUAAAACUAGCCGAAUGCUAUGCAAAAACGGAUAACGAUAGAUAG